AUGGACAGGUUAGCAGUGGGACGAAUAACCAAAGAUCCUUCACUAAAUCUUGGCCAGAGGCUGGAUUAUGUAAUCCUGCAAGAAGAAUGUGAGACAUCUAGAGCUCUGGCUAGAUUCAUGAAGUUUGGAAAGCUUUCUUCAGCUUUCAUAGGCCCUCUGAACCCUGGCUUCUGUGAGGCAGCUACACUUUUAGGGGAAAACUGGAACAAAGCCGUCUUCUCAUGGAUGUGCAUCAAUUAUAAACUGGAUUCCACCAUCCACCACCCUACAUUUGCAAGGACCUUGCCCUCUCCAACACAGGUUUUGUUUACAAUAAUGAAAUACUUUCAUUGGGCGCAUGUUGGCAUCAUUUCUUCCAACGAGGAUAUUUGGAUGGACACAGCCAACAAGCUAGCGAGUGCACUCAGGAACCAAGGGCUUCCUGUAGGCAUUGUUACAUCCAUGGGUAAAGGGGAAAAAGGCAUUGAAGACACUUGGCAAAAGAUUAAAGAAGUUGUUGUACUUCUGUGCAUGCAUUCUGUGCUCAUUGGAGGGGAAGAACAGGCCGCUUUACUCACAAAAGCUCAGGAAAUGGGACUAACAGAUGGAAGAUACGUCCUUAUUCCAUACGACACUUUACUUUACAGUCUUACGUACCAAAACAAUUCAUUCUACGCUUUUGAUAACAACAGCAAGCUCCAGGAGGCAUAUGAUGCUGUACUCACUGUCACACUGGAGUCUGGAGAAAGGACCUUUUAUGAAGCAUUCAUGGAAGCUAAAGAAAGUGGUGAAAUAAUCAGGGAACUGGAAGCCACCCAGGUUUCUCCACUUUUUGGAACAAUCUAUGAUGCCAUUUACUUCAUGGCAAUGGCUAUAGACAGUGCUCGGAGGAAAGGAGCCUGGAUCUCAGGAACUAACAUAGCCAUGCACACAAAAAACUUCAGUUUCCCUGGAUUUAGCCACUGGAUAGAGACAGAUGACUUAGGGAACCGACUGAGCAACUAUGUGAUACUGGACACAGAGGGGCAAGGGAAUCAGCUCUUCCCAACCCACCUACUGGACAUGUCUUCAGACUCCGUGAAGUCCUUAGGCCGGCCCAUCCACUUUCCUGGCAGAGCCCCACCCAAGGCAGAUUCUGACUGUUGGUUUGAUCCAGAUGUUCUCUGCUCUGGAGGGAUUGAACCUAUCAUCAUGAUCCUGGGACUAAUGCUAGUUUUUGCCCUUGUGCUAUGUGCUGUGGGGCUGGCUUAUCUCAUCAGGCAUAGUAUCCUGAACAGCCAGUUAUUUAAGGGGCCUAACAAGAUAUUACUGACCCUAGAUGAUCUCGUCUUUAUCAACCCGGAGCUAAACAAAAAGAGACUGACUUUGGACAGUCUGACUGAUGCAAACAGCGUAGCCGAAGGCAGAAGCCUGAAAUCUGUAGCCCAUUCCUUUUCCUUGAAAAGUGCAGCCGCCACUCAUGAAACCUCCAACGUGGCUUUGUAUGAGGGAGACUGGGUGUGGCUGAAAAAAUUUGAGACGGGAGCAAUUCACACUCUGCGGCAAAGCUCCACGAGCGUCUUGAGGAAGAUGAAAGAUCUGCGUCAUGAGAAUGUGAAUCCAUUCUUGGGCUUUUUCUCUGACUGUGGCCUCUUUGCCAUAGUAACAGAGUACUGCUCCCGAGGAAGCCUGGAGGACUUACUGAGAAAUGAAGAUAUGAAACUGGAUUGGAUGUUCAAGUCCUCUCUUCUGAUGGAUCUAAUUAAAGGAAUCAGGUAUUUGCACCAUCGAGAUUUUGCCCAUGGACGUCUCAAGUCUCGUAACUGUGUUGUGGAUGGCCGGUUUGUGCUGAAAAUCACUGAUUACGGGUAUAAUGAGCUCUUAGAAACACAGAAAUGCCCAUACGUUCAGCCAGCCCCAGAAGAAUUGCUCUGGACAGCUCCUGAGUUACUGAGGGACCCAGACAUGCGCAGAAAAGGCACUUUCAAAGGAGACAUUUACAGCUUUGCAAUUAUCCUACAAGAAGUGGUUGUUCGGGGUCCACCAUACUGCACGUCAGAUCUCACAGCUGAAGAAAUUAUAAAGAAAGUGAAAAAACCGCCUCCCCUGUGCCGCCCAAACAUAGCCCCCGAGACGGCCCCGAUGGAGUGUAUCCAGGUGAUGAAGCAAUGCUGGGGUGAAGCUCCUGAACGACGGCCCAGCUUUGAGGAGAUAUUUCACAAGUUCAAAACCAUCAACAAAGGCAAAAAGACCAAUAUCAUUGACUCAAUGCUCAGAAUGCUUGAGCAAUAUUCGAGCAACCUGGAAGAUUUAAUCAGGGAGCGGACUGAAGAGCUAGAGAUUGAGAAACAGAAGACAGAGAAACUCCUGUCACAAAUGCUUCCCCCAUCAGUUGCAGAAGCCCUCAAAACUGGUGGCACUGUGGAGCCAGAGUAUUUUGACCAGGUCACCAUCUACUUCAGUGAUAUUGUGGGAUUCACAACCAUCUCUGCCCUGAGCGAACCCAUUGAAGUAGUUGACCUCCUGAAUGACCUUUACACUCUAUUUGAUGCUGUUCUUGGCAACCAUGAUGUUUACAAGGUGGAGACAAUUGGUGAUGCCUACAUGGUUGCCUCAGGGCUCCCAAAACGAAAUGGAAACAAGCAUGCUGCUGAAAUAGCCAACAUGUCCCUGGACAUUCUCAGCUCAGUGGGAACCUUCAAGAUGAGACACAUGCCUGACAUUCCCAUCAGGAUACGGAUAGGGCUACACACAGGGCCUUGUGUGGCAGGCGUGGUAGGUCUUACCAUGCCACGGUACUGCCUCUUCGGGGACACGGUGAACACGGCAUCGCGGAUGGAGUCUACGGGCCUGCCUUAUAGAAUUCAUGUCAGCCAAAAUACAGUGGAUACACUUCGGACUCUAAAUGAAGGCUAUGAAAUCAUACCUAGGGGAAAAACAGAACUGAAGGGAAAAGGAGUAGAAGAUACAUAUUGGCUAGUUGGGAAAAAAGGCUUUCUGAAGCCGUUACCUAAACCUCCAGAGAUAAAGCCAGGGUGUAGAGCUCAUGGGUUACCCGCGGAAGAAAUUGCAGAGUUCAAAAGGAGGAAAGCUGAAAAACUCCUUGACAAAAAGGCCUAG